UAACGGCACAAGCAAAACGGCCGCGGCCACUGAAACAACACUUCAUUUGUGGCGUUCUGAGAAAGUUCCGUUUACGUUACGAUUUGGAUUUGCGAUUGGAAAUAAAAUAUCCAGCGCAUAGAAUAAUAUCAACGUUAUUGAUAUUUAUACAAACAAUUUCCGACAAUUUUUAUCUUCAUCUCACUCGCUCCAACGGGCCGCAUUCCCGCCUCUGCCGUCGCGUUCGUGUUGUGCGUGUGUGUGUCCGCGUACGUACCGCGCACCGUCAGUGUAUGUGUCAACAGUUAAAACAAUUACAACAAAAUUGAUUCACACGCAACAGCAGAGUCCACAUUGACAGAAGAAACAGUAAUUUUUUCAACAUUUUUUUUCCUGUGGAGCAAAAAAUUUGACUAAACUUUGUGCAAGCGAACAAAAAACACAAGCAGAACCAGUGGACGAGACACCAAAGAAGAAGACGAGAGAUAAGAGGAACAAGGAACAAAUAUAAGAACAAAAUGGGAGAACCGACGCCGCCGCUGUCCCUCGUCUGGGCAGCGCUGCUGCUGUGCAGCUGCUCGCUAAUAGAGCUAGGCCAGGCGGAUCUGUUGCCUAGUCUGGAGAUCCUGCCGAUGCAGGAGGUGCAGCGCAAGCCCGUGGGCAAGUCGCUGAUCCUCACGUGCCGACCCACAGUGCCGGAGCCAGCCUUGGUGGCCGAUCUGCAAUGGAAGGACAACAUGAACAAUACUAUUCUGCCCAAGCCAACGGGUCGAAACCAGCCACCCAUGUACACGGAGACGCUGCCCGGCGAGAGCCUCGCCUUGAUGAUUUCCUCCCUGACGGUGGAGAUGGGCGGCAAGUACUACUGCACUGCGUCCUAUGCAAAUACCGAAAUUCUCGAGACGAGCGUCACAAUUACAACUUAUGUUGCCAUUACCUGGACAAAUGCACCAGAAAAUCAAUAUCCGACAUUGGGCCAAGAUUACGUGGUCAUGUGCGAGGUGAAGGCCGAUCCCAAUCCGACCAUUGACUGGCUACGCAACGGAGAUCCGAUCCGCACUGGCGAUAAAUAUGUGGUGCAGACCCAUGGCCUGCUCAUCCAUGAUGUUCAGGAGACGGACGAGGGCAUCUACACGUGCCGGGCGGCUGUCAUCGAUACGGGAGAGCUGCUGGAGCGUACCAUUCGCGUGGAGGUGUUCAUUCAGCCGGUGAUUGUCAGUCUGCCGCCAAUGCUGGAGGCCAUCGAGGGCAAACCAUUUGCCGCGAAUUGCACGGCCACUGGAAAGCCAGUGCCGGAGAUCAGCUGGAUCCGGGAUGCCACACAGCUGAAUGUGGCCACCGCCGAUCGCUUCCAGGUGAACCCGCAGACGGGUCUGGUUACCAUCAAUUCAGUGCGGGAGGACGACUACGGCACCUACACCUGUCUGGCCAAGAACAAGGCCGGCGUUGUGGACCAGAAGACCAAGCUGAAUGUCCUGGUGCGCCCGGCCAUCUACGAGCUGUACAAUGUGACUGGCGGCAGGAGCAAGGAGAUUGCCAUCACCUGUCGGUCGAAGGGACGUCCCGCACCGGCCAUCACCUUCCGCCGCUGGGGCACCCAGGAGGAGUACUCGCCCGGCGUCCAGGUCGACGACGUGCGAAUCGUUUUGGAGCGCUACUUUGACGAGGAUCGCGGCGAGAGCUCUGGCACCCUGCGCAUCGCCAACGCGGAGAGAACCGACGACGGCCUGUACCAGUGCAUUGCGCGGAACAAGGGCGCCGAUGCCUACAAGACGGGACACAUCACGGUGGAGUUUGGGCCGGUUAGCCAGAUGAAGGAGCUGCCGCCGGUGUUCACGUGGGACCAGCGCAAGGCGAAUCUCAGCUGCCUGGCCAUGGGCAUUCCGAACGCCACCAUCGAGUGGCACUGGAACGGCCGCAAGAUCAAGGAGCUGUACGACACAAACCUGCAGAUCGUCGGCACCGGACCCCGCAGCGACCUCAUCGUCCACCCAGUGACCCGCCAGUACUACUCCGCCUAUAAGUGCAUCGCCACCAAUAUCCACGGCACCGCCGAGCACGACAUGCAGCUGAAGGAGGCCCGUGUCCCGGAGUUCGUAUCGGCGGCAGUGCCGCGCCAGCUGACGGCCACCACCAUAACCUUUGACAUCCGCGGCCCACCCACCGAACUGGGUCUGCCCAUUCUCGCGUUCAGUGUGCAGUACAAGGAGGCCCUUAACCCGGACUGGUCAACGGCGUACAACCGCAGCUGGUCGCCCGACUCCCCGUACAUUGUCGAGGGUCUGCGCCCCCAGACCGAGUACAGCUUCCGUUUCGCGGCCAGGAACCAGGUGGGUCUCGGCAACUGGGGCGUCAACCAGAAACAGUCAACGCCGCGCCGUUCCGCACCGGAGGAGCCCAAGCCCCUGCACAACCCCGUCCAGCACGACAAGGAGGAGCCCGUCGUCGUGUCGCCCUACUCGGAUCACUUUGAGCUGCGCUGGGGUGUGCCCGCCGACAAUGGGGAGCCGAUCGACAGCUACCAGAUCAAGUAUUGUCCGGGCAUGAAGAUCAGUGGCGCUUGGACUGAGCUGGAGAACAGCUGCAACACGGUGAAUGUGGUCGAGACCACAUCGUUUGAGAUGACCGACCUCAAUGGGAACACGUACUAUCGCAUCGAGCUGAAGGCGCACAAUGCCAUCGGCUACUCGUCGCCGGCAUCGAUCAUCAUGAAGACGACACGAGGUAUCGAUGUGAUCCAAGUGGCCGAGCGCCAGGUGCUCUCCUCAGCGGCCAUUGUGGGCAUUGCCGUUGGCGGUGUCCUGCUGCUGCUCUUCAUCGUGGACCUACUCUGCUGCGUUACCGUGCACAUGGGCGUGAUGGCGGCCAUGUGCCGCAAGGCCAAGCGGUCGCCUUCGGAGAUCGAUGACGAGGCCAAGCUGGGAAGUGGACAGCUGGUUAAGGAGCCGCCACCGUCACCGUUGCCACUGCCGCCGCCAGUAAAGCUGGGCGGCUCGCCCAUGACAUCGCCAUUGUACGUACCACCUGCUCCAUAAAUCUAUGCAUCCUUC